ACUUACAAUAUGAUUGACGAUUGUUCUCGACAGGUUGCAGCACAGAUGACUUAGUUUACGGCAGAGACGUGAAGAAUUCAUAGUUGGAAUAGUGGCGGAGGAUUGAAGGGAGUGGUGUUGCUGCCGAGCUAUGGCGAACUCCCUUGUAGAAAUAUCACCAAUAUCUCUGUUGGCGCAGAUGUUGGAGCGCGCGGAGCGGCGCGUGGGGCGAGCGGCGUGGGAGGCGGCGGAGGACGUGGCGGCGCGGCCGCGCGGCCAGCAGCUCUUCCGCCAGGCGGACCGGCUCAUGGAGCUGAUGGAGCGGCUGGCGCGCGCGCUCGUGCGUGCCCUGAACCGCCCCUGGCGCCGCUCUAAUCCUCACGGCGGCGCCGACGGAGAUGGAAGAGAUAAGUGGGGUCAAGCACCCAUGCCUUUAAGCACUGCAAUUCCUCUUGUAAUCAUUGUUUUGCCUUCAUACAUGGCAGCAACGCUUCUUAUGAUGGUGCCAUACUUUCCAAUUUUAAUAAUGAGGGUUCUAUUCGGACCUUCUCCCGUUCUCGAAGAAUGUUGGCCUACGCCCACUAAUGCUGAGAAGUGCUUGAGGCGGUGGAGGCGGAGGCUGCGGGGAAUUCGAUUCUCCGGACUGCGUAAAAUGAGGAUCCUGAGCAUCAUAGCCUUUGACAGGCUAGAACAGACGUUGCAGAAGAAAGAGAAAAAAGAAAUGAUAGGUAGCGAGAAGGUGGAGGAAGAGGAGGAGAAAGUAGAAAUAGAAGAGGAGGAAGAGGACCAGGGCGAGGAAGAGGAGGAAGAUGAUUUGGAGGAUAAUUCGCUGCUAUCUACGGUGCUACUAUGGUGGCCUAUAACACUGUUGACAUUGAUUGGACAAAUACUUGGGCUGGGCGAUCCAUGGAUUCCAGCUUUUAACUCUCCAGUACGUAACAAGUUGGCUCUGGAGAGUUCAGCAGUAUCCUCCGCGGAGGAAAACGUCCCGAAGAAUGACGCAGAGAAUGUAUCGCCUCGGAAGCGCAAGUUCCUGGAUUUUCAAGCGGAGAACCUUCCUACCAAUCAGGAGAUUGCGUUCGGUCUCGGCGACAUUUCGCAUCCAACCUUAAAAGGUCAUGCACUUGAGCCGGACGAAAUUCUAACAGAUUCCUACACUGACUCUUCCUGGGAGUACGAUUCUGAUUCUGAUUCUGACUCUGACUCUGGAACGCUCGCAGAAUCCGUGGACUUCAGCAAAUCAGAGAUACAACCUAGAAGAUUGUCUCCCCUUGCGAAGCUUUUGACGGACUCGCCGCUUUCGUCAGACGGUGAAGAGGACGAUCCGAAUUACGUGCCAAAUCCGGAUGAAGAGUCAGGCGACGAAGAUGACUAUGACGUAACUGAAGGUAACGAAGACGAUGAAAAUGAGGAAACUUGCAAUGAAAUUGAAUCGGUAGGAACGGAAUCUAAAGAAUUCAUUGAAAUGGAAACCAAAGAACUCAAAGGGAUGGAAUUCGAAAAAAUCGGUGAAAUGGAAAACAAAGAAUUCAAAGGGAUGGAAUCCGAAAAAAUUGGUGAAAUGGAAACCAAAGAACGCAAAGGGAUGAAAUCCAAUAAAAUUGAUGAAAUGAAAUCCAGAGAAUCUAAUGCAGUAGAAUCCAAAAAAAUUGAUGAAAUUGAAGCCAAAGAAUGCGAUGGAAAGGAGUCCAAAACAUCCAAUGAAAAGGAAACCAAAGAACCGAUGGGAAAAGUAUUCACGGACUACGAAAACUGCGACAAGACUCUCACUCCACGUAGCGCGCAAUCAGAUUUGUAUAAGUUUUAAUACCAACAAACAAAACAUCUUGGAAUGUAAUAACUCCUUGUUGGGAUAUCGUGUUUCUAUUGAUCAGAACUUGCAUUGUCUAGAAUUUUUCUAUAUGUGAAGAUGUCCAUGAGGGUUUAUCUACCAGUGUUAAAUAUUGAAUGUUCUUAUACUUUUCUUAUUCAUCUUUUCUUAUGAAUCUUUUUAAUGCUCUUAUACUUUCAUGUUUUGGUGUAAAUAAAAAGGUCAGAUGAGUCGUCUGAGUUUUAUUGUAAAUUUUAAUCCUCAUUGUAAUCUGAAAACCAUCUAAAUUCUGAUUGUUACCUGCAUUUUUUUAAGAAAGCCUCUGUAAAUGUUUCAAAUUUCCCUUAAACAGACAAUAAAGAGAGAAACCAAACAGUAAU